AUGAUGUCGACACGGAGGCUUACAUCAUGGCUCCUGACAAUCUUCAUCCUCGUCGCCCUCGCAACCGCCUCGGACACUGAAGAUGUCUUCAAGAGGCUUGAAGGCGACAUUUUCAGGCGACAGAACACGCCAGCCGGCACGGGAGUCACGUCAAACAGCUCACAGCCACCAAGUUCAACACCAGACACCUCGACUGCUCCGCCAACAUCGUCUACACCACCUCCUGAAACCUCAACACCGCCGCCCGAAACCUCCACGCCUCCUUCAACCAGCGACCCCGCUACGAGCACACCACCCCCCUCCUCACCCUCAGAAACUCAGCAACCAACCUCUUCGCCCUCCCCCUCGCCCUCCCCCUCACCCUCACCUACGACAGAACCGCCCAACACCAGCGCCUUCGCAACCUCGACGCGCAGCACCGUGAUUGAGAGCGUCUCAACCGCCGUCAUAACCUCCGACGGCAACACCGUCACCUCGCUCGUAACCGCCUCGAGCACGGCUGUGGAAGAAAUCUCCUUCUUCACCUCCGCGCUCGUCGCCAGCACAACCGAGCCCUUCACUAGCACCUUCGUGACCACCAUCAACGGCUCCCCCGUCACCUCCGCCAUCACAUCGUCGCGCGUCGUGGCCACAACCACUGGCUUCGCGACCAUCACCUCGACGCCGCGCCUCGGGAACCAAAAUCCCGACGGCAGCUCCUCUGGGCUUUCCUCGUCCUCCAAGAAAAUCAUCGGCGGCGUGGUCGGUGGCAUCGGCGGCGCGAUUCUGCUGGGCGGCAUCGCGCUGGUCGCGUGGCGGCUCAGGAAGAAGCGGGCGGCUGUUGACGACGACGACGAUAACCUGACGGGCAGCACGGCCAUGGGCGGGACGGAUUAUGCCGAGGUGAAGAGGAAUAGUGUGGGCGGCGCGCCGGCCCAGGGGACACCAUUUCAGAGUACCCUGGAUCAGUACCAUACGCCUGGGCGGACAGCGAACGCCGGGACCAACUUCUGA